GCAUUGUGGACAAGCAAACAAGAGCCUUAGACUUUCAACUUCAAGUUUCAAGUCAUGCAAACCGAAAUUGACAAACUUGCGCCAGGUGGAGGGUCUCUCAUGAUAGCUUGGCAACUCAAGGGUAAACGAGCUCUCCUCGUUGGUGGGGGAGAAGUAGGCGCUUCACGUAUCGGACACCUUCUCGGAGCAGACGCUCAUAUCACUCUCUUGUGUCCUGAAAAAGGCCUUCAUCCUACUACCAAGGACUACAUUGCAAAAUACCCAAACCGCAUCGCUUAUUACGACCGGCGCUUCACUGGACCCGCCGAACUGCAUAAGAUGGAUAUAGUUCUGACAGCUAUAGACAGUCCUGCUACUAGUAGAGAAAUCGUUGACCUCUGUCGACAAGCCAAGAUCCCUGUUAACGCUGCCGAUAUCCCAGAACUCUGCGACUUCUAUUUUGGUGCUCAUAUCCGCGAUGGGCCUUUGCAGAUCAUGAUUUCUUCAAACGGAAACGGCCCUCGUAUCUCCGCCCUGAUGAAGGAGAAAGUACAAGCCAGUCUCGAGGGAUACGAAGGCCUCGCUCUUUCAAAAAUUGGCCAGCUUCGUGCAGAACUGAAGGAGCGUGUACCUGAGAUAGGUGGUCCUCUUGGUCGAAAACGGAUGAAGUGGAUGUCGAAAAUCUGCAACGAAUGGCCCUUGAUAGACUUUACGCUUCUUGACUCCGCGAUGAUUCAGAAGUUACUUGAUGAAGGCUGGGAGAAGGAUCGUGUUCCGACCUUUACAGAGGUCUGCUCGAAGCCAAGGCCUUUAGGUGUCGAGGACUCAUCGAAAGGGCACCGCUUUGGAUCCAACCUUUUGAUUCCUAUCGCCCACUUUGUUGCUGGUGCGGCCCUCAUGGCUGCUGUGAUAUUGGCUCGUCGACGAUAGCUUUUAGUCCGUAACUUAUCUCAAAUGGCUCUCUUUCUGGUUCAUACGAAGCAUUUCAAUGCACUGGUAUCGCAGUAU